GUCAAUGAUCUCGCGUCAGGAACUGGAGUGUCGGUCAAAGUUUAGUCCACCGGCUGGUGCUGACUGCCUCAGAGCGGCUCACACCUCCACCUGCCUCCACGAUGAGCGCUCGAAAUAUCUCCCGCUUUUGGGAAUGGGGGAGGAAGAUCAUCUGCGUCGGGAGGAACUACGCGGACCACGCCAAAGAGCUGAAAAACGCGAUUCCGACGGAGCCGGUCCUGUUCCUGAAGCCCCCUUCAGCAUACGUGCGAGAGGGGUCACCCAUCCUGGUGCCGCUGUACUCCAGCAACCUGCACCAUGAGGUGGAGUUAGGGGUGGUCAUCGGAAAAGGGGGCACGGCCAUCCCUCAGUCCGACGCCAUGGAGCAUGUUGCGGGCUACGCUCUGUGCUUGGACAUGACCGCCCGGGACAUCCAGGACGAGUGCAAGUCCAAAGGUCUGCCCUGGACCCUGGCCAAAGCCUUCAACACCUCCUGCCCCGUCAGCGAGUUCAUCCCCAAGGAGCGCAUCCCCGACCCGGGCAGCGUGAAGCUGUGGCUGAAGGUGAACGACCAGCUGAAGCAGAGCGGCUGCACCUCGCAGAUGAUCUUCUCCAUCCCCUACCUCAUCAGCUACAUCAGCGAGUUCAUCACCCUGGAGGAAGGGGACCUCAUCCUCACCGGGACCCCGAAAGGAGUGUCCCCCGUGCAGGAGCACGACGAGCUGCAGGCCGGGAUCGAGGACGUUGUCACCAUGAACUUCAGAGUACACAGACAAGACCCGUAGUACGAAUGCAAGACGAGAAACAAAUACUCAGACUGUAAUUCUUUAAAUACCUUUGUAAUAUCAGUGGGGACCAGCAGGUGGCAGUGCUGUGCCUUUCAAGAACAUAUUCCUGAUGAUUUCUAUCCUGCCCUACUAGGGAAUAAUUUUACAAAGCACAUAAAUAAUAUUGUGUAAUUAUGUAAUAUACAUUUUUGAUUUUAUUUUCCAUUUUCAGAGGAUGAAUCUCUCAGGAUAAAUAGCCCAAAAAGUCAGUGUGCCGUAUUAGCUGCAAAAUAUGUUGAGUGUUGUGUUACAAAUGGAAGAGAAAAAAAGCUGCAAUAAAUUUUUCUUAACAAUAAAGAGCGUGUGUUUAAAAUGUCUA